AUGCCUUUGUUUAAAGUGUGCGAUGUCUCAAGGAGAAAGAGGAAAGCAGUAGUAGCAAAUUCUCUUGAAGAACUUAUCGCCAAAGGUACAUGAUUUAACAUGACAAUGUUAAUUGAGCUUCUUCGAAAUGGUUAACCACUACUGAUCUAUAACAAAAUACUGGUCAUUUUCGGAGUAUGAGUCCUUGUACUUUAAUUAAUAGCCCUCGCUUCCGACCUCAGGAAUAAUUGUCUAUGACGGCUGUUGUUAACACUUUCUAAACAGCUGCAAAUAUUCACCCUUUAAGACGACAAAAAUUUCAAAAUUUUACUUUGAUUCUACUGUCUCGGGGAACGAUUAGGAUCCAUAAGCCCAUGAAGCCUGGCUUUCAUCCCAAUUUGUUCACUUUAAUACUCUCCGACCAAAAGUGCAAAACGAAAUACGAUUGUAAACGACCGCCCGACCUGGCAUUAUAUUUUUUCAUUUCAUUUAAAUUUUGCUUUGAAAAGUGGCCAGGAACUAAUACUCAUUAAAAUAGGUGUUUCUGAUUUCUAUCGACAAGAGGAGGAAUUCCAAGCAGGUGCCGACAAAAGUAACCCAAGCGAGCCCAAUUAACUUAGACAACACAAGGCAGAGUAUUUCUACCUUACACAGUUUAUAGUGCUGUUCAUUUGUCAAAUCUUAUUUUCCUCAGGUAAAAAAAAAUUAUGCCUGGAGGAAAAGGAAGAAUGUUUCUUAUUUGAAGAGUACGAUGGCACAGAAGUUGAUGAUGACGAAAGUCUGGUAGAGUACGAAAAGGGCAGUUCUUUUGUUCUCGGUAAAGAGUGGAUUGCAAAUCCAGGCACAGCAUCUACACAAAGCUCUGCUGAUGCUUCCCCUAAGGAAGCAACUAAAGAGCAUCCCGCCCACUUCAGUGAAGUUCUGGUCGAAAGCAAAGCAGAGGAGCCUCCUACAAGCUGGCACGAAGUUGCCGACACAGAAACGGGAUCAGAAGAGGACAUCCAUUGCUCGACUGCUGAAACAAGUGGGUAUGCGAUUACCAGGAUCUGGUAAUCUUCUUUAAUCAAGUUCAGAUUUUAGAUUAGUCUGCUUGGCAAAUGCAAAGAUAAUGAAAAAGCGAGAAAACCGGUCACCGCACUUAGCGCAGAGCAUUAAAGGAAAGGAGAGAAGUCAAAUCGUGUUUCCCUGUUCCUCAGUUGUUCUUCUCAGGCAAAUAAUUUCUUCUCAUUUCUUAGCCUCUUCACAAAUACUGCCCGCAUCUACAACGCAGACGAAUUAAAAAAUCCUGUGCGGUAAUACCAAUUAAUCGCACUUUUAGGGGAAAAAUUGCAUACAUUACAUUAUCAUGACAGUAAAACGUAUAUUGCAUUUUUUGGCAGUUGCCAAACAGGAGGAAAAAAAAACUAAAUCUGUGGACGAAACCAAAACAGAGGAGCCUCCUACAAGCUGGCACGAAGUUGCCGACACAGAAACGGGGUCAGAAGAGGACAUCCAUUGCUCGACUGCUGAAACAAGUGCGUAUGCGAUUACCAGGAUCUGGUAAUCUUCUUUAAUCAAGUUUAGAUUUUACAUUAGUCUGCUUGGCAAGUGCGAAGAUAAUUUAAAAAGUGGGAAACAAUGUCACCGCGCUUAGCGCAGAGCAUUAAAGGAAAGGAGAGGAGGCACAUCGUGUUUCCCUGUUCCUCAGUUGUUCUUCUCAGACGAAUAAUUUCUUCUCAUUUCUUAGCCUCCUCGAAAAUCCUUUCCGCAUCUGCUACGCAGACGAAUUCAAAAAUCCUGUGCGGUAAUACCAAUUAAUCGCACUUUUAAGGAAAAAUUGCAUACAUUACAUUAUCAUGACGGUCAAACGUAUAUUGAACUUUUUGGCAGUUGCAGAACAGGAGGAAAAGAAAACUAAAUCUGUGAAUGAUGUUCUGAUGCGGACGCCCUACUAUCACGCCAAGACGAAUAAUAUGAAAAUAUAUUCGCCAAAGGAGAUCGAAUCAGCAACCGGAAUGGAAAAGAAACGACGCCAGUUUUGGAAUGACAAGGCGGAGCAACUGGCCCAAAACCAAAAAACUAGAAAUCAAUCAAAGACGGUGCUGAGUGGUUUAAUCGACGUUUCCUGGACGCUGCGUAAGACGUCCAUGCUUGAAUCCGACGUGAAAAAGCUUCUGGAUGAGGAGAAAGUUCUUUUUCGUAAAGAUGACGUCGCAGGAAAGAAACUCGGAACUCAGAAAAAGGACACCACCAGUAAAAACGUGGAGAGGAUGUCAGCCGCUCAUCACGCAGUAGAAGGCAUUGAUCAAGAGGUGGAAGAGGUUCAGGAAGCCUUUCAGGCAGUACAAACUUUGGUUGACAGGAGAAAGUACUCAAAAGAGUAUGAGAGGAAGAAACUCCCGUUAGAUGGCGCCUACACCGAACUUAAGCGCGCCCAAGAUGCGUUAACAAAAUCAAUGAAGGCUAAAGAAAGGGACAUAGAAAAUCGCUUAGCAGAAAGAAGUGGUAAUGUCGAUGUGGAAGAAGAUGAUGCAUGUCCUUCUAGUCUGGGGGAAAUUUGA